AUGACAAUAGCGAGUGUGCCAGCUGGUGCAAGGACAACUUUGCUAAAUGCGGAUACAAGAACGUCGGAGCUUGUGUCUCAGAGGCUGCUCACAAUGGAUUUGAGUGUUGUUGUGGACCAUGCAAAUCUCCAAUGUUCUGCAAAAACCACCAAUGCAUCUGCCCGCCUAACACAUGCGGAAACGAUUGCAAGGAGUGCAAAGCUCCUAAGCAAUGCAUUUAUGGCCAAUGCACUUGCCCAUCUGGUACUUGUGGAAAUGACUGUAAAGAGUGCAAGGCACCCAAGCAGUGCAAGGAUGGCCAAUGUGUUUGUCCCAAGGACACCUGUGGUAAUGACUGUAAAGAAUGCAAAGCCCCUAAGCAAUGCAUCAAUGGACAGUGUACUUGCGCAUUAG